CCUCAUACACACUCCUUCUCCCAUACAUACAACAAAAUAAGAAAAUAGGUAUAAAAUUUGAUUGUGUAAAAAUAUUUCACUAUUGUCUUGUUGAAAGCUAACAUUAUGAAGACGUGGUAUUAAAGCAACAGCAGCAAGAAUUCAAUGAAAGUUGUUUUGCUUAUACUUGUGUUUAUUUUUCUCAUAAUUAAAAUUCCUGUAGUAACUAUUUUGGCUCUUCAACAUCUUCACCAUUAAUAUUCAAUUAUCUCUAAGCCUGAAGAUGCAUGAAUCUUUAACAAAAGCUUUCUACCACCUCAAAUUUAUUUAUUUUUUUUCAUUUAUCUGCCAUAUACUGUUUUAAAUUAGAAACAAAAGAUGAAGCACAAAGUGUUAAUGACUUUUCCAUACCUAAAGUAAGAAGUUCUAAAGUUUGGUUGUGCUGAGACUAAGUCUAUGGCUAACCAAUCGAAACUUCAGAAUUCCUAUGUGACAUCAUAAGACCUCCCUAGAACACUUUUUCUCCUCCACCUACUGCAACUGUUCCCAUAAACCGGGUGACAGAGUCAGAAAACUCCCCAGCUAAACACCCAUAAGACUUCAUACAACACAAUACUCUAUAUUGUGAUGAUCACAGCAGCCAAGGCUACCUAAAAGAAGACAGUUAUCUCAUAUUUGGCUACCAGCUUUUUAUCCUUCUCUCAAUCACUUAAAACUUCAGACUUCCUCUCCUGCUGGUAUCAUGGAGAAAGUCCAAUACCUCACUCGCUCAGCUAUAAGAAGAGCCUCAACCAUUGAAAUGCCUCAACAAGCACGUCAAAAUCUACAGAAUCUAUUUAUCAAUUUCUGUCUCAUCUUAAUAUGUCUCUUGCUGAUCUGUAUCAUCGUGAUGCUUCUCUGAAGUUCUGCUACAACCUCUAGAUCUGCAACUUGCCACAUCAGCUUAAAAUCUGUCAUCCCAUGCAGACGGGAAAACAAUACUGUAAAACAGACCACUUCCUGAGUAGAAGAGUUUCUUUGUGAAAAGGUCAAGAUUAAGACUAAAACUUAUUGUUAGCAAAUGUAUUCAUCUGCUGGAUCUUGUAAACAUGAAAAGGGCUUUAUUUUCAAAAGUUAACUUUAAAAUAAGUGUAUAAAAUGUAACUGUUGAUUUCCUCAACAUGGCUCACAAAUUUGUAUCCCAAAUCUUUUCUGAAGAUGAAAUAAGAGUUUAGUUUUGAAACUGCACUGCCAACAAGUUCACUUCAUAUAUCAAGCAUUAUCUUUACUCUUUUGAGGUAAAUAUAACUUAUAUUACACUGUAAAAGCUUCUUUAAUACUAAGUAUUUUUCAAGUCUUCACCAAGUAUCAAAGUAAUAACACAAAUGAAGUGUCAUUAUUCAAAACAGUCCACUGACUCCUCACAUCUGUUAUCUUAUUAUAAAGAACUCUGUAGUAACUCUUUGUAGUAACAUUCUAAAACAGAAAUUGCAUUUUUGCUAUGCCACAUUAACAUUUUUUAAAGUUGAUGAGAAUCAAGUAUGGAAAAGUAAGGCCAUACUCUUACAUAAUAAAAUUACUCUUAAGUAAUUUUUUCAAAGAAUCACAGAAUUCUAGUACCUGUAGGUAAACCAUAAAUCUGUUCUAAGACAUAUGAUCAACAGAUGAGAACUGGGGGUUAAUAUGUAACAGUGAGAUUAGUCAUAUCACUAAUAUACUAACAGAAUAGAAUCUAAUCUUCAUUUAAGACACUGUAGUGAAUUAUCUGACCUAGAGUUACCUAGUUUACCACGCUGUAUCUUUGGAAUCAUGAAACCUUAAGACUUCAGACUGAUUUUACAGGUUGUCUUCCAUUCCAACCUAACAUCCAAUGCAGGCAAGGAAAAUAAUACAAGAUUUCCAGUGACAAAAAAAUACAUUAUCUCAAGUAUUUAAAAAAAUAAAAAUAUGAAUUCUCUCUCCAAAUAUUAACUAAUUCUUAGAUUAUAUUUUGAAAUGAACUUGUUGGCCCAUCUAUUACAUCUACAGCUGACCCUUGAAUAUGGGGGUUAGGGGAGCUGACAAUCCAUGGGUCCGCAAAAUCUUAACUACCUAAUAGCCUACUGUUGACCAUAAACCUUACUGAUAACAUAAACAGUAAAUUAACACAUAUUUUGCAUGUUAUAUGUAUUAUACACUGUAUUCCUACAAUAAAGUAAGCUAGAGAAAAGAAAAUGUUAUUUAGAACAUUGUAAAGAAGAGAAAAUAUAUUUACUAUUCAUUAAAUGGAAGUGGGUCAACAUAAAAGUCGUCAUUCUCAUUGUCUUCACAUUGAGAGGAGGAAGAGAAGGAGAAAGACGGGGAGGAAGAGCAGGGGUUGGUCUUGCAAUCUUGUCUUAGGGGUGUGGGGAGUGGGGAAAAAGAAUAUUCAUGUAUAAGUGGACCCUCGCUAUUCAAGCCCUUGUUGUUCAAGGGUCAACUGUAACAGGAGAUAGCUAUUUUUCUUCAUCUAUCAACCAAAUGGCAAGCAUCUAUUUCAUAGGCCACUCUACUGAGCUUAAUUAUAGAUGCAGCAAUGUUACCUAUAAUUAUUUUCUUGAUGAAUAAAUUUUCAAUUUCUCCUCUGAUCAUUUCAGAACAUCUUCCAAUAACUCAUAAAACAACUGAAGUAAAAUUUAGUGCUGGAAAAUAUGUUCACCAAACUUAGGUUAAAAUUAAGUUUAAAAUAGUUCACACCUAUACUGCAUAAUCCAACAAUUUUAAUUUCAGUUGAAGACAUGUUACUAAUAUAACUAUUAUUAAAAGAGUAGAGGAUGUGUAAUUAACCAUAUCUUCUAAAACAUGAUUACUAAAAGAAUAUAUAACAUCAAUAUUGACCUUGGUUUCUUACACAAGUGUUGCUAACUCAAUAGUGAAGAAGACACCAUUAAAUUUUCUGAACCCAUGAGAGGUACUGGAGAUGGGGAGUGGAAAGUGUUUGGUUCAGGGAUAUCUGAAGAACAGAAGGGCAGAGAUUUCUUAAGUGACGCCUCAUCUACAAGCUGGAAAUCCCUAAUAACAAGUAAAAAGCUUAUAAAUAACAGGUGAUACACUCAACUCACUGGUUUUAGUAAAUUACCAACACAAAAAGUAUUCAAGUUCUAUAAUAAGCUGCACUGGUCUUAAAAACAAGUGGAAAAUUUGAACGGAUUAGUCAUACUCCUAUGAUUACAUUGUUCGUUACAAUCUUUUUCUCAGUAAACAGAAAUAACUAA